AUGCCCUCACUUGAGUCGAUGGUUGAGCCGAAUAACACGGAGCUCCUCGCCGACACCGUCAAUAAAAUGUACAAAAUGUACAUGACCAGAGUUUUAACCUCGUCAAUUUUCCGAACCCCGAUGAAUGAAUCCUCAAGCCCAUCUACGCAGAAGUUCACCGGUACAGUUUCAACUACGGUUUCGCGCCUCAGGGUCAACUACAAAUCCAAACUGGUUCUUCAGAUCUUACUCGCUGUCAUGACGGUGCUAGGGGUUUCGGGGUUCUUCCUAACCAAGAUCCGAGGCACGGUUCCACGGAACCCGUUCUCGGUUGCCAGUCUAAUGUCUCUUUUUUCCGACAGCGAGUUCUGCAAUCGGAAAUAUCUGCCAGAAUAUGCGCAGUGGAUGACCAAGGGCGAGCUAGAGGCUUUACUUGGAACCCGGCGGUUUAGCCUGGGAUGGUGGGACGAGCAUGGUAGCGAACGAGAAGAUGGAAAAACGAGACAACGAUUUGGCAUUGGUAUUGGGGCUCCAGAGUCUAGAGGGUUUGCUAAGAAGAAAGGAAAAGGAGGGCACAAAAUGUUUUCUGGCGUUAUUGAUACCUAA